CAACGGAUUCCUGUCGCCUCCAGCAGCCGCUGCCACCUCUGCCAACUACCACUGCCUCCAGUCAGUCUCUCGUUUCUCUCCUACCUGUCCACUGCUGCCUUGGCCCGCCUCUUCCCAUCUGCCACUCCAGUCACCCUUUGACUAUUAUUGUACACCUUUACUUUGUAUAUCCUCCCGUCGAAUCGUCCUCCCCUUGUGUCAAUUGGGAAACGCGUCGUGUCCUCCGUCGUCGCUCGGUCGCUGUCACCUCCUUGCAUACAUACUUUUCUCAGCCGCACCAGUUUCUGUGCGCGACCACCCGAAGAUUGAGUCAUCAUCAAGCAUAGUGAUACGAUAGUCUGCCGAGAUGAGUUACUCGAACUACGGAAACCAACAGGGCGGUGGCUACGGCCAGUAUGACCCUUAUGAACAGCAGAGCAAUCCCUACCAACAGCAGCCACAGCAGCCGCCGCAGCAGCCUGGCUACGGUGCCCCGGCUCCGGCCCGUUAUGGCGAUGUUGAACAGGGCAACGGUGGCUAUGAAAUGGGAACAGUGAACAACACAACCAACAUCCUCAACAAAUGCAAAGAGAUCAACGAGGGUAUUCAGGAGCUCCGAACGAAGAGAGAGGGUCGACUUGCGCAGGCGCAGCAUGAACUCCUUGACUCCAGCACCGGCAAGGAGGACAAAGCCGCCCGCCAGAACUUGGACUAUGUCGAAGACGACAUAAACAACACUUUCCGCUACCUCCGUGACCUUUUGAAGAAGAUCAAGCAAACCCCAGGCUCCGGCGACUCUCGCGUCCAGACCCAGAUUGAUGUGACCAGCCGCAAUCUUCGCAAGGAAAUCGAGUCCUACCAGAAGGCACAGUCGGAAUUCCAAAAACGUCUUCAAGAACAAGUGCGCCGACGGUACGAGAUUGCCAACCCUGACGCAACUCCCGACCAAGUCGACCAGGGAGUUCAAAGUGUGCUUUUGGGACAGGAGCAGAGCUUCCAGUCUACUGGGCUGCGAACUCGUCAAGCAAACGAUGCCAGACAGGCUGCUCUUGAGCGCUCCACUGCUAUCCGAAAGAUCGAGCAAGAUAUGAUUGAGCUCGCCCGCAUGUACCAGGAGGUUGCCGAAUUGGUCCAACAGCAAGAACCUGCGGUCGAACAAAUCAACGCUGGCGCUCAUGAUGUCGUAGAGAAUGUCGACAAUGCCAACAAGCAAAUCGACAGCGCCAUCGUUAGCGCGAGAAAUGCCCGGAAAUGGAAGUGGUAUAUCCUGCUUGCAGUUAGUAAGUAUAAAGAUUAACUCCAUAUUCAUCUUAAUGAUAAUGGCUAACUCUUCACAGUUAUCAUCAUUAUUAUUGUCGUCGUUGUCGCCGUCGUUGUCACGCGUAAGUAACAAGUGGACGUGAUAACAAUCGCCCAGCAAUCGAUUUGCAGAAGCAUAACACCGAGACAAGAGCAGAGUAGCGGCUUAGUCCUCUUAUUACUUGUCUUCAGGUUAUGUGAUGUUACAAUACUAUUCACGUCUCGUUCCGCUUGCUUUCGCUGCUUCCGAUUCCCCAACUGUAGUCUCCCGUGUACGCUCGUGUUUUCUUGUGUCGACUUCAAAAGUCUUGUGCAUGGCGUUGAUUCAAAUGCCUCUUCCGUUCUAUCCCCUUUCGACAACCCAUUUUGGUCCUUCAAUGGCAACCUAAUCGCACUGCUAUUGUACAUAUUAGACUAUGCUUCUCCAGUCCUUUUGGCGCUAGAUACUAUUAAUCGCAAAUUGUCUUGAAUACGUAACACAAC